ACCGAAUCUCCCUCGCGCAGAGCCCUGAACUGGGAAUCGUCAGCCUGUACCAUCGUCACAUUAUCAGUCUCAAAUUUCAGCCGCGAGAAGAAGUCCUUCACGACAGCAGAACGUGCUAGGCAUCUCCAUAUUCCAACCGAUUUCACCUUUCGACUUCUCGCGAUCCAACAUCAGUUCGAAAUGUCCACCGCCGAGCUCGCCGCUUCCUACGCCGCCCUCAUCCUCGCGGAUGACGGUCUGGAGAUCACCGCCGACAAGCUCACCUCCAUCGUCACCGCCGCCAAGGUCCCCGACGUCGAGCCCAUCUGGUUCACGCUCUUCGCCAAGGCCCUCGAGGGCAAGGAUGUCAAGGACCUCCUGUUGAACGUCGGUUCCGGAGGCGGAGCCGCCGCUGCCCCUGCCGCUGGCGGUGCUGCUGCUGCCGGCGGUGCCACCGAGGCCGCUGCUGCCGAGGAGGAGAAGAAGGAGGAGUCCGACGAGGACAUGGGUUUCGGUCUCUUCGACUAA